CGGGCCCUCCGGGAAGAUGGCAGCGGUGCAGGCGGCCGAGGUGAAAGUGGAUGGCAGCGAGCCGAAACUGAGCAAGAAGUGAGUGUCGCUGCGAGUCUUUAAAGCCUUUGCGGUAGGAGAGCCUGGGUUGGGAAGCGCUGCGAAGUUCCCACCAAGGCUGCUGUGCCGGGGCCUUCUUGCCGGCUGUCGUGGGUGGUGGUAAUCAUUAGUUCCAGGGUGUUCUGCCAUGUUGACGCAAGCUGCUGUAAGGCUUGUUAGGGGGUCCCUGCGCAAAACCUCCUGGGCAGAGUGGGGUCACAGGGAACUGCGACUGGGUCAACUUGCUCCUUUCACAGCGCCUCACAAGGACAAGCCAUUAUCUGAUCAAAGAAGUGAGCUGAAGAGACGCCUGAAAGCUGAGAAGAAAGUGGCAGAGAAGGAGGCAAAGCAGAAAGAGCUCAGUGAGAAACAGCUAAGCCAAGCCACUGUGGCUGCCACCAGCCACACCACUGACAAUGGUGUGGGUCCUGAGGAAGAGAGCCUGGACCCAAAUCAAUACUUCAAAAUCCGCAGCCAAGCAAUUCAUCAGCUGAAGGUCAAUGGGGAAAAUCCGUACCCACACAAGUUCCAUGUUGACAUCUCACUCACUGACUUCAUCCAGAAAUAUAGUCAUCUGCAGCCUGGGGAUCACCUGACUGACAUCACCUUAAAGGUGGCAGGUAGGAUCCAUGCCAAAAGAGCUUCUGGGGGAAAGCUCAUCUUCUAUGAUCUUCGAGGAGAGGGAGUGAAGUUGCAAGUCAUGGCCAAUUCCAGAAAUUAUAAAUCAGAAGAAGAAUUUAUUCAUAUUAAUAACAAACUGCGUCGGGGAGACAUAAUUGGAGUUCAGGGGAAUCCUGGGAAAACCAAGAAGGGUGAGCUGAGCAUUAUUCCGUAUGAGAUCACACUGCUGUCUCCCUGUUUGCAUAUGUUACCUCAUCUUCACUUUGGCCUCAAAGACAAGGAAACAAGGUAUCGCCAGAGAUACUUGGACUUGAUCCUGAAUGACUUCGUUAGGCAGAAAUUUAUCAUCCGCUCUAAGAUGAUCACAUAUAUAAGAAGUUUCCUGGAUGAGCUGGGAUUCCUAGAGAUUGAAACUCCCAUGAUGAACAUCAUCCCAGGGGGAGCUGUGGCCAAGCCUUUCAUCACUUAUCACAACGAGCUGGACAUGAACUUAUAUAUGAGAAUUGCUCCAGAACUCUAUCAUAAGAUUCUUGUGGUUGGUGGCAUCGACCGGGUUUAUGAAAUUGGACGCCAGUUCCGGAAUGAGGGGAUUGAUUUGACGCACAAUCCUGAGUUCACCACCUGUGAGUUCUACAUGGCCUAUGCAGACUAUCACGAUGUCAUGGAAAUCACAGAGAAGAUGGUUUCAGGGAUGGUGAAGCAUAUUACAGGCAGUUACAAGAUCACCUACCACCCAGAUGGCCCAGAGGGCCAAGCCUACGAUAUUGACUUCACUCCACCCUUCCGGCGAAUCAGCAUGAUAGAAGAGCUUGAGAAAGCCCUGGGGAUGAAGCUGCCAGAAACUAAUCUCUUUGAAACUGAAGAAACUCGCAAAAUUCUUGAUGAUAUCUGUGUGGCAAAAGCUGUUGAAUGCCCUCCACCUCGGACCACAGCCAGACUCCUUGACAAGCUUGUUGGGGAGUUCCUGGAAGUGACUUGCAUCAAUCCUACAUUCAUCUGUGAUCACCCACAGAUAAUGAGCCCUUUGGCUAAAUGGCACCGCUCUAAAGAGGGUCUGACUGAGCGCUUUGAGCUGUUUGUCAUGAAGAAAGAGAUAUGCAAUGCCUACACUGAGCUGAAUGAUCCCGUGCGGCAGCGGCAGCUUUUUGAAGAACAGGCCAAGGCCAAGGCUGCAGGUGAUGAUGAGGCCAUGUUCAUAGAUGAAAACUUCUGUACUGCUCUGGAAUACGGGCUGCCCCCGACAGGUGGCUUUGGCAUGGGCCUUGACCGAGUCGCCAUGUUUCUCACGGACUCCAACAACAUCAAGGAAGUACUUCUGUUUCCGGCCAUGAAACCCGAAGACAAGAAAGAGAAUGUAGCAACCACUGAUACGCUGGAAAGCACAACGCUCCAUUCAAUAGAGGUAAGAAUGUGACAAGGCUGUGGCUGACAGCCUGCCGUGAGAGUGGAACCCCUGUUUCCUGACCCAGCGGGGAAGACCUUUUUUCAGAUGACGGAAGACUUACCUUCUGCACCGCAGCAAAACCUGCAAGCAUCCCAGUUUGGGAGCAGCCAGCCUCCUUUCACAGAGCAGGUUUCUGUUUCUGUAACUGGUAAACAACGUAAGCAUUCAGAGUUACCCAGCAGAACUACCUCAGGGAGUGCGGAGCAUGCUUACCCCUGCUGGCGUUUAAGCAGUACAUGACCAGGUGGCAUUUCGGAAGAAACAUUUUCAGAUGGCACAUCCUCAGAAAGGGAGUGGUAACUAAGACGGGACAUAAUAACCUCACCAAGGGAGGUGGUGGAAGGUCAAGGCCAGGUAAGGGACUAGGUUUCGGGUAAUACUGUCAAUGCACACCAUUGAAAAAGGCUACAAGGAUUGAUGAUGUCAUCAGUGACUUUACAGAGUGGUUUAAUGGAGGGCUGGAGGCAGAAACCAGCUGUCUGGUCUUAAGGAGGCUGGGGAUAGAAAGGAACUGAGGCAGCAGUAGACAACUUGUAUGUGGGGGUUGGCAGGAAAAAUGACCAAGAGUGUGAAAGCUAGAAGGGACAGAAGGGACCUAAAGUCCCCAUUUCUUCUUCAGACAGUUGCAGGCUCACAAUUUGCUAACUGCUCUGCUGGGGUGAGCAGAAACAGGCAUGGUCCCAAACUUCAUCAAGCAUCUACAUUUGUAAAGAAAAUAGAUAUGUAAUAAAUCAUCCUCCAAAAUUGUAUAAAAUGGCAGCUCAGGUAAAUGGUUUGAAGGAGAGGUCCAUGGGGUAUUGAGAAACUAUAAUGGCCAUGGAUCUAGUUAGAGGAGGUUUCUCUGAGGGCAUUAGAUCUGAAGGGAAGAGGGCUUUCCACGCUAUGGCAACAAGUGCAAAAGCUCUGUGGUAGGAAGGGACAUGGAGAAGACCAGUGACAGAGUACAGAAGCCCAAAGAAAUAUGGCACCAGGUGAGGCGGGAAGGGGCUGACAAGGCAGUACUGUGAGCACUACUAUGGGAUUUUUGCAUUUUAAGAGUACUGGGAAGCCAGUCG